AUGAAGAUAGUUAAUACUACUAUUAUAAAUUGGCCUUCUUGUUCAAUUUUUAAUGUUUCAACAACCCAAAAGUAUGGUGUGAGGUGUAUUGAAAAUGGUGGAAUGUAUUAUGAUAUUUGCAAAAAUGAAUGUCUUCAAGAUUUUACUAAACUUAAUUUAGGGGAUGGUCUUCCAUUAGAAACAUUUGUAUAUGGAUCUGUUUUUCCUUUUUUAAUAUUUAUUGUUGUAAUAGCAAAUUUUUUAAUUGCACUUGUUUUAUCGCAACGACAUAUGAUAACACCAACAAAUGUGGUUUUAAGAUAUAUGGCCAUAGCUGAUUUAUGUGUUGGUUUGGUAUCAUUUCCAUGGACAUUUUUUUAUUACACUUUACGGUUUUCAGAUCAACCUGAAAAAGUAGAUCUUUGGUGGUGUUAUAUGUAUAAAUAUACAAUGGAUGGUUUACCACCAAUAUUUCAUAAUAGUGCAAUGUGGUUAACAGUUCUCUUAGCUGGUCAAAGAUAUAUUUCUAUUGAAUAUCCAAUUAAAUCACGAUUAAUAUGUUCUGUAAAAAAUGUUAGAUUAUGUUCUAUUGUUAUUGUAAUUGUAACAAUAAUAUGUGGUUUACCAAAAUUUUUUGAUAGCCAUAUUUCACUUUAUGAUGGUUGGGUUUAUCAUAAUGAUGGUUAUAUUUCACAUAUUCGAACAUGUCGUAGUGAAUUUACAAUAUUGGUUAAUGAACUUGGACCAAAUACAUAUUUUAAUCUCUAUUUCUGGACACGAAUUAUAUUUUUUAUUUUAAUUCCUAGUAUAUUAUUAACUUUUCUUAACUUUAGUUUAAUACGUGGAAUUCGAAAAGCUGAAAAAAGAAAAGAAAAGUUAUUAAGAGAAAAAAGAGCAAGGGAAGCAGAAAAACAACGUGAUAGUAAUUCAACAUCAAUGAUGCUUGUUAUAAUUGCUAGUAUAUUUUUGAUAGUUAAUUUACCUCAGGCAAUUUUUAUUAGUAUUGUAUGUUUUUGUAAUACAUUUGAUAUUGAUCUUCAAUUAAUGAGUAAUGAUACUGGAAUUAUAUUUAAACUUUUUAAUAAUAUGAUGGUUAUGGCUACAUAUCCAAUAAACUUUGGAAUUUAUUGUUUUAUGUCAAGUGCUUUUAGAAAAUCAUUUAAAGCAUUAUUAUGUUCAAAAAAUUGGAAAUCAUCACUUCUUAGUACAGGUAGUACUAAAACAAGAUUAUUUUCUACAAUAAAUUCAAAUCAUACAGAAUCAACACUUGGAAAACUUAUCUCUCCUUCUGUUAUAGUAGAAAAUUAUGAAGAAGAAAUGAAACCAACUGAAAUAUUAUUAAAACUUAAGAAUGAUAGUUUAAUAGAUGAAAACAGAUGUAUGGAUACAAUUUAUCUAUAA